UGGAGAGGGGAGGAGAGACAGGGGAGACAGUGAGCCUAUGAGGAGAGAGGAGAGGGAGUGAAGAGUGAAAUCCAUCCGUUCCAUCUCUCACAUCAUCUAUCAGGACGGGCUGCUCUACACUUUCUGUAAGGAUUCGAACUACAGGCGGGACAUGGAAAACGCUGCAGCCGCCUCCAACACCCUGGAGCUGGUGUUUAAAGAAGACCCCGCUCUGACAGAGAUGAUGCAUCUGCGGGUGUCCUCUCUUCAGCGCUCGGGGCAGAAGCGUCAGGAUGGGGAGCGUCUGCUCCUCCCCCAUGAGGCCGUGUACCGGCUGGACUUCCCCACCCAGGAGCUGCACUUCUCUCGCUGGUACUUCUCCCUCUCUGCCCACGGACGGGUCACCAUCACCGGUAUAUCGCAGCACUGGACCCCCGACCUCACCCACCUGAUGACCCGUCAGCUGCUAGAACCCAUCGGAACAUUUUGGAGAAACGCCAACGACCCGGAGGAAACCCCGCUCAAAUGGCUAGAGGCGGACAUGCAGGAGUUCGGCGAAAGGAUUGCUGAGCUGGCGAAGGUCAGGAAGGUCAUGUACUUCCUGCUUGCUUUCAAGGAUGGGGCAGAGGCUGCAAAUCUAAACUGCUCGGUGGAGUUCACUCUGGAGGAAUAACUGCAGUCUGUUAGUGCUGCAGAAGCAUCGCUAUACUUUGUUCAAUAUUUGACCUUUGAAAACUUCUCCCUAAGAGAAACAAAUAUAUCAUCUCAAAUACUCUCCCUCAAAAUGUUUCAUCUCUUCCUCGCUGAUGUUUGUAAUUGUAAAGUAACAAGAUUGUAGUUCAAACUUUUUUGUGCACAACUAAAGCUUACUUAUUAACUUGCCACCGACUACUUACAGUUCUAGCACUUAACAAGCUUUAGAUCAAAUAUUUGUUUUCACAAAUCAAAUAUAUUUACAAGAAGUAUAGAGUAUGAAUGCACUUUAUUUACAUGGAACUAAUGCUACUUCCAACACCAAUGUAUCUUCCAAAUAAAUUAUACAUGAGCAGAAACAAGAGCAUUGUUUAAAUUAAUUCUUAGGACAAUAUUAUUUGAUGAUGUUUAAGUAAAAAUGUAUGAGUCGUUCCAUAAAUCCACUUGUUAAUAAAACACGCCUUUCCUGAUAGGCUGCAUGUUGUGAUAAUAUGAUUGAAUUUACUGAUUGGCUGAAUAUUGUAUUAAUAUGUUGAAUAUGUUACUGACUUUGUUCUGAAUUCUCUCAUGGCUUGCUGAACAGAACACGUAGCAGUGAGUGGAAUAUCAAAUAUUCACAUGUGACCGUCGGCACAAAACUCAGAUCAAUGCCGUGACUUCGAUUAAACAUCGACUGAAAGCUGACCGAGUCUUCUCAUUG